UGGAGGUGUUUUUGAACUUUCUUGAUUUUCCCAGCGACGCCUAAUCUUACCGAAUUCCCUUUCCAACCAAACGCCGUUCGUACUAACGCCAAGAUGACCAAGGUUAACCAGAACAUCUCCGCCUCCCGCCGCAAGUCGCGCGCGGCUCACUUCAAGGCCCCCUCCAGCGAGCGCCGUGUGAUCAUGAGCGCCCCUCUCUCCAAGGAGCUCCGUGAGAAGUACAACGUCCGCUCCAUCCCCGUCCGCAAGGACGAUGAGGUCACCAUCGUCCGUGGCGCCAACAAGGGCCGCGAGGGCAAGGUCACCUCCGUCUACCGCCUCAAGUACGUCAUCCACGUCGAGCGCGUCACCCGCGAGAAGACCUCGGGCCAGUCCGUCCCCCUCGGCAUCCACCCCUCCAACGUCGUCAUCAACAAGCUCAAGCUCGACAAGGACCGCGAGUCCAUCCUUGAGCGCAUCAAGGUCGGCCGCGAGCUCCGCGUCAAGUCCAAGGCUACCGCCUAAAUCUUUUUCUCCGGUCUCAAUUCGUCAUACCAACCAUGACUCCCCUUCUCCUUCUUCAAGUGACGGGGGCUUGAUGUCACUCUCAAGUCUUCACUCAUAACGAGUUGGAGGAGCUAGACGACCAAAAAUCCAAAAGCGGCAGUUCAAGGGAACCGGUACAA